UUUCUCUGCUUCUAUCCUGGAGGUUUCUCCCUGUUGCAACUUGUAAUAAACCAAAUAGAUUUUUGAUUGACUAUCUGCAACUGCUUUUCUCCUUUGUUCAAUUUAUUUUACAUCACCCCUCCCUCCUUUCAGGCAAACCUGAAUCUCAGUGAGAGAGUGAGAGAGUGAGAGAGUGAGAGAGGAAGGCCAUCCUGUCUGUAUCCCCAGGCUGAGCACUCACACGCAGAGGGAUGAUGAGGCUAGGCUGGGUUCGAGGGCUGGCCCCGUUGUUGGCCAUGGCUGCUGGAAUACUCUACAUCACAUCCAUUAAGCGGGAGGUUCAUUCUCAUGGGGAGAGACUGCAGGGGGCCCAUCAGAAUGAAUCGGCCAGGGGCCAAGACAUUCUCGAGAGGCUGGAGAAGAUGGAGGCUCACAUCGAGAAGCUGUUGAAUACAAUCCACGACGGGAGCAGUCUGAAAGAGGGGCAGGCUGUGAAGGCUCCCGAGGUCAAGAAGGAGAGGAAGGUGGUGAAGAAGGUGUACCCCAACUCAGCUCUGUUCACAAGCUGGGGUGGUGAGCUCUCAGAGGAGGAGCAGAAAGAGGCAGAGGGGCUGUUUCAGAUGUAUGGAUACAACGCCUUCCUGAGUGACAGACUACCCCUGAACAGGGAAAUCCCUGAUACUCGCGAUCCUAAGUGUGCUAAGCACCAGUAUCCCCAUGACCUGCCCACCAUCAGCGUGGUGUUGAUCUACUUGGACGAGGCCCUGUCAAUCAUCAAGAGAGCCGUCCGCAGCAUCAUAGACAAGACCCCCCGACACCUGCUUAAAGACAUUAUACUGGUGGAUGACCACAGCUCCAAUGAGGAUCUAAAGGAGAAGUUGGAUGCCUACAUUAGCUUCAUCCAUGAAGAGCGUCCCGGCCUGGUGAAGAGAGUGAGACACUCAGAGCAGCUCGGUCUCACACAGGCCCGCCUCUCAGGGUGGAGGGAAUCUACAGGAGAUGUGGUGGCCAUCUUGGAUGCCCACAUAGAGGUCCAUGUGGAAUGGGCGGAGCCUCUGUUAGCUCGGAUAAAGGAGGACCGCACGUUGGUGUUGACACCGGUGUUUGACAACGUCCAUUUCGAUGACUUGACAGUCACACGUUAUGGGCCUGCUGCAGAUGCCUUUGACUGGGCCCUGUGGUGUAUGUAUGAGUCCUUCAGACCUGAGUGGUAUGCCUUGAAAGACGAGUCACAGCCAGGAAAGAGCCCCUCCAUUAUGGGCAUACUAGUGGUUGAUCGCCUUUUCUUUGGGGAAAUUGGUGCUCUGGAUGGUGGUAUGAAGAUCUAUGGAGGGGAAAAUGUUGAACUGGGUAUCCGGGUGUGGCUAUGUGGUGGAAGUGUCGAGGUCAUACCUUGUUCUAAAAUAGCCCACAUCGAGAGGGCCCAUAAACCCUAUCUCCCCGACCUGAGCAUUACAAUGAAGAGGAAUGCUCUGAGAGUGGCUGAGGUCUGGAUGGAUGACUACAAACAUAAUGUCAACAUUGCCUGGAACAUCCCACUGAAGGAUCAUGGCAUAGACAUUGGGGAUGUUUCAGAGAGGAAGAAGUUGAGAAAGAGACUGAACUGCAAACCCUUCCAGUGGUAUCUGGAUAACGUGUAUCCCAUGUUAGACCCCCUGGGUGACUUGCUUGGUUAUGGAGCUCUGGUCAAUGACCAGAAGACGGAUCUCUGUAUAGAUCAAGGCCCAGUUCCGGGGAACACACCUAUUUUAUAUGGAUGCCAUUAUUUUGGUCCACAGAACUGUUAUUAUCGAGCCAGUGGGGAGAUCUACAUUGGAGGCAUCAAGUCUCACAAGUACAACAGUAAUCGCUGUCUGGUGGACACCGGCACUCGAACCCCGGGACUGUAUGAGUGCAAGGUGGCCCAGCAGAAGAGAUUCCACAUGCUCUGGGAAUUUCAACAGGGAAAAGCCAUCCAGAACAGACAGACAAAGAGAUGUCUGGAGAUUGCCCCAGGGGAGGACACCUACUACCAGCUCAUCAUUCAGGAGUGUAGUGGGCAGCACUGGAACAUACAGAAUCUGAUUAAAGAUUUCUAAUACACUGAGAUAGUUAGGCCUACCAGAGACAAUACAAGUGGGAAGGUGGUAUUUACCACAUACGACUGGUAAAAGUCCACUUGAACGUCCCUCCAACUGGUAAUUACUAGUGGGAAACUCGUCUAUCAUCCCUGAGCUCCGACUUCUCCCACAUGCUGACCUCUGACAUCAUCUACUAAGGAAAUUACUUUUUUAACAGCAUUUUCAGCAGUUCAAUGCAUCAAAACAUUCUUUACAAAAAUCUAUCUAUAAAUAUGUUUUUGAACACUAUAAUUUAACAAACAUGAUAGCUGAACUCAUAGCUUAUGGUUGACAACUUGUUGGCCAUUAGCCAAUCGGCUUUUCUCAAAUAGUUCAAAGCACGUGAAUGCAUCCAACUAGUAUUUAUGAUUUCACAACUGGUAAUUACCACCUUCCCACUUUGUUAUGAACACAUCACUAUCAUCAUUCUUUGAAAAUACUAUCUUAGUCAGCAGUGAGAUGACUGUGAUCUUAGUGAGCUGUUGGUUGUAUACAGUGGCGACGCGUCAUUCAGGGCAGGUGUUUUGUGCCCCCCCCUGUUUAUCCAAAAAAUAUAACAUAUACACUACCAGUCAAAGUGUCACGGCUUCUAUGAGUAGUGGGUGGAGAAGUCAGGCGCAGAGAGCAGGAUAGUUCACAAGAUGUGGAUUUUUAUUUUCCAAAAACCCAGAGAGACGGUCACGCCACACACACAAGGGCGCGUAAAGACCCAGUCCAAACAACAGGAAGAAACUGACCGGAAAAAUAAAUACCACAAAAUAAUCACACACCAUAAACAGAAAAACAAGCCCGCACAAAAGCUGGCGGGCCUACUGGGUUUAAAUAGCACACAACCAAAACCUAAACACAAAACAGGUGCAACUAAUCAGACACAACUAAAUGAAACAGAAAAGAGUGGUAGCUAGUAGGCCGGCGACGACGACCACCGAGCGCCGCCCGAACAGGAAGAGGCACCAUCUUCGGCGGGAUUCAUGACACA